AUGAGUUUGCUCCCUGCUGACUGGGCUUUGGCCACCACUCAUCUUGCCAGUGACUAUGUUUGCCGCCAGUUCUGUGCCAUUGUUGGAGUGAUGCCAAAGGUCCUCCCGCCGCUGGAGCUCGAUGUUGUUUUGAUGCUAGGUUGCUCUCACCUCGCAAGGAUCCUCGCCAAUGCAUAUCUCAAUCCUGUCACUAUCAACUUUGAUAUGACGAGAUAUUCCGAAGUACUGCAAAAGCAGGAGAGAGGUGUUAACCCCGGACAUGAAGAAUCGCUCCUUACCCGAUACCCGCUGGAUCGUGAGAUUAUCCUGGAGCGUCCUGCAGUUGUCCUCGACAAAUUUGGUCUUAUCGUGCUAUGGUACCUCCCCGGAGCAAUUGAUGCUGCCAUGAAGUUUCAGCCUGAAGUGUCGGCGACCCUUAAAAGCGACGAUGGUGCAGCUUACUGCCGGGCGAUGUGCAGACCGGCAGCCCUUGUUGCCGCUGCAUUGAGAGUCAUGCACUCCGGUCUCUAUUGGUCAUCAUUGACCACACAACUGGGGCUUUGGGUUUGGGCAGAUACUCAUCAAACACAGAUCAUGGGGACUUGGCUCAGAGAAUGGGCAUCUGUCUUUACCGUCAUCGCCGUUAUGUGCAACCGUGUCGGCGGGUAUACAUUGGCGCGAAUGAAGAUGCCAAAUAUUGGGAUUGAAAUUGCAUAUAAUGCAGGUGUCAUGGCCGGCGCCUCGGGAAGAAUUGUUAGGCAUGGGGUGAACUGGGUGAACAGCGAUCGAGUUGGCUGGGUGUGGUACAUGAGGGAUGAUAUCCAUGAAUUUGUAGAUGUACCUCGAGGUGAUUAUUCAAGUACAUUUGGGGAUUUCUUCAAAGUCAUUGAUCCCUCAGUUCCAUACAAGCAUCAGCGAUUAUUUAAGAGGUGUCAUAUGGCCUGCGUGCCAAUUUGGCUUACCUGGGAUGGGCCCAUUGCAUCGAUCUGGUGCUAUUGGGCCCACCUGGCCACCGCUGCACAGGGGGUAGGUCCGACUGUAUACAAUGCUGACGCCUCUGGGCCUGUGCGUCUCCCUAACGUCCCUUGGGGUUUCAUUACGAUUAUGCGGCCAGCCCAUGAGCUCCAAGAUAGAGAUCUGGGCCCAGCAGUGUUCAUGAAUGUGGUGCUCCAGGCCCACCCAUCCGCCGCACAUACGGGGCCCGGGCCUAUUCAAUUCAGGCAACAUGAUAUGGGCUCCCUCAAGCGCCUUAUCGCCGCAGCCCCAGCUCAGCCACAUAUAAGUCCGCUACAUGCGCCAGCGGUCGUUGACCUUAUGAUCCGCCAUCAUUUCAUCACCGCUACAUUCGCCAGUGGUGGUAUUUCCACUCACUGGUUUACUUUUACAUUCACUGGAAUGCCUCAUUUUUUUGGCCACUGGCAAUUCAUCGGUGCCAGUAUUCCAGCCAUCUCGGAAACUCAUGGGCCCACUCGGAAUUGUUGA